GUGUUACUUUUCCUCCUGCUGGCGAUAGCUAACGCUACGUUGGUGUCAUCGUCUUAUCGGUUUGGGGUUUGACAAUAGAAACAGCAGCCUUAUUUCGUGUCCACCCACGAAUACCUUUUCCCAUCGGGGUCUCUGGAGAGAUGAACAACAACGGGAAUAAGAGAGCUCCAACGACAGCCACUCAGCGACUUAAGCAGGAUUACCUCAGGAUAAAGAAAGACCCUGUGCCUUACAUUUGUGCAGAGCCUCUUCCCUCCAACAUCCUAGAAUGGCAUUAUGUAGUCAGAGGUCCUGAGAAAACUCCAUAUGAAGGAGGAUAUUAUCAUGGAAAGCUCAUAUUUCCUCGAGAAUUCCCUUUUAAACCACCAAGUAUCUAUAUGAUUACGCCAAAUGGGAGAUUUAAGUGUAAUACAAGGUUAUGUUUGUCCAUCACAGACUUCCAUCCAGACACGUGGAACCCUGCAUGGUCGGUGUCCACCAUCCUCACAGGUCUGCUCAGCUUUAUGGUGGAGAAAGGACCCACUCUUGGUAGCAUUGAGACCUCUGACUACACAAAACGACAGCUGUCAGCCCAAAGCCUGGCCUUCAACCUAAAGGACAAAGUCUUCUGCGAGUUGUUUCCUGAUGUAGUCGAUGAAAUGAAGCAGAAACAGAAGGCCCAGGAGGAGUUAAGCGCCCGCACUCAGCCCCUCCCCUUACCCGAUGUGGUGCCUGACGGUGACCCUCAACAUGCCCACUACGGCCUCCCCGCCCUCAACGGAGGUGCUGUUCCACUCGGGGGGGCCAACCCUGCCCCUGGCCUGCAGCAGGCAAAUCGUAACCAUGGACUUCUAGGUGGGGCUUUAGCCAACCUGUUUGUAAUUGUAGGCUUUGCGGCGUUUGCCUACACGGUGAAGUAUGUGCUGAGGAGCAUAGCCCAGGAGUGAGAGGAGCCAGUGCUGUAGGGGCCAGCUAGAGGACUCCACAUUCUAAAAAACACUACGUGGGGAGGGAUGUUCAGUCCUGGGUUAAACCCCUCCACGACCACCACCACCACCACAGCCACCACCACGGACUUUGGAAGACGCUAAUUCAAAGCCAACCCACCCAGGAAGGAUAGAGCGGAGGAGGUGGGGGAGUGGACGGGAGUGGCAGUAGGGCCGCGGGAUUGGAGGGGCUUAUUAAAACGGUUGUGAUCCACUCUGUGCUUCAGUGGUUUAUGUCAGUAGUAGAUGAAACUUGGCUCAUGGGUUGUGGAAGAGUGUUGAACACAGGACGUGUUAGUAAGUCAUAAUUUAUAGCCUCUGUGCUGGAGGGCUGGACAUGGCUCCAAAACAUUUUUAUCCUGCAGUGUACCAAGCAUUCCUGUUGAACGAUGGCUGAUGAAUUCUAUUUCUGAGCAGGUGAUACUGAAAGUAUGUCCCCAGUCUAUUUGCAUAAUAAAAGAGUGGCAGAGGUAAUCAUCAGGGCUCCUCAGGGUGUGUCUCAGACACCACAUUUCUUGUCAACAUGUUGCUGCUAGUGCAGCUCCAAAAACAGCAGUUAGUGCCACUAUCAUCACUGAUGUGAUUUUCUUUUUUUGUUGACAACUGUGUUUUACUUUUUUAAAAUGAAAUUUAGGGCAAAAAUAAUCGAAUAAAUCAGUGCCAGCCAAGCCCACCCCUGCAUAUUUGCUUUUUGUCAUUAUUUUGCAUUUCCAUUACCUUUAAACUGAGGUGAAGGGCUGCCCUUGGCACUGGAGUCAGUUUCCUGGUCUUUUCAUGCAUUACCUGGAACCUCCUUAGCUUUAAGGCAUCGGAUUUCAUCACCUUUACUUUAUGAAACCAGUUUUGCAGCCUUGAAUUUCACUAUGAAACAGGUGACGGUUACUUAGACUUGGAAUGGGAAGUUUUAUCAAAGCCAAGGGAAAUUUACCAAAAUAUUGUAUGUUGGGGUGCUUAUGAAAUUUCGGGUUGGUUUUUGCAUAGUAAAUACUUCAGUCGGACACAAAUGCAGGACAUUAAACAUUAUGUGCUGUGCACUAAUACCCCUCAGCCAGAAAGGACAGACGGACGGACAGACAAAAAAAUUAUAAUGUCCCUUCAGCCCGAAGUUGGCCGAGGGGUAAAAACCAUUUCGCUCCUUUGUAUUCAUAUAGGGUUCCUCAUUAAUCAUGACAGUCUGUGAUUUUUCAUACACAAAUGUGUUGACACAUUUUAAGCACAAAUGGAGCCUCACAAAGCCAUUCAGUCAGGACAGUGUAUACAGUAGUAAUAUAUGCAGUGAGGUCCAAUACAUGAUGGAACAACACUGCACAUACAUGUCUGCACCUCCGAAUGUCACGCUCUUCUCUGCAACAAAGCUAAAACAGACUUGACCAGUGAAUUUAUAUCUGCAUCUAAAUAUGAAAAGCAUAUAAAAAUAAGCCUGGCAUGUGUUUUGUUAGAGCUACUGCGUGGCUGAAGUCAGAUGUGUCCAGAUGUUCUCUCCAGUCAACCCAUGAGCCAAGCAGACAACCCAGUGUCUGCACAGACCUCAAUAAAGACCAAUACAUUUUAUUUUAUUAUUAUUUUUAAUUGGCUUAGCUGACCAGUAUAGCACCACUCUAUAUAGGUCCAAAUACAGAGACACCUGAAGAGAACCAACAUUUUGUUCAGUAUAUCAUUUCUUUUUGAUAUUUUUUUCUUUGUGUUUUUGUUCUUUUUAUUUAUAGAUACAGCCUUAGCGUGUCAUGGUUUCAUGGAAAUAUCCUGGUGUUUGCUGAGUAAAGCUGUGAUGGCAGCGUGGACAAACACACAGGCAGACUGUGACCCAGGCUUACAUAAUUGCUCAUAAUUUACUGUUGUGCAUUGCAUUUAGUAAAGAAGGUUCUACUGUGUAUCUAAUGGUUCAGCAGAAAAAAAAAUGGUCUGAAAGCAGAUUUGCCUUUCUAUUGCUCUUCUUUUCUUGGCACCAACUUAAAAAAGAAAAACUGAUGAUGGGAGUGCGUUUGUGUGAUUAUGCAGCAAAUGCCCUGGUUUCCAUGCUUCGGUUAAUCUUGUGUGACAUUGUAUGUUUUCAUAGUAAAUGCAAAUAAAUUACCCUGCUCUGCAGGACAUUUUAGAAAA